AUGGAGGAGGAGGCCAGCUCCGCCCCCGAGGCCGCCGGCGAGGGGCUCCGGCCCGUCUCCGACCACCCGCCGUCUGCGAAUGCAGACUUCAACUGGGACGGCUAUGCGUCUUACGAUUCGCUGGCUACAGUCGCUGCGGCGUAUGAUCGAAUGGCGCCAUUGGGCAGAGUUCAGGCCAUCUUUGAGUCCCAGCAGAAAGACCUGAAUGCUGUGUGGGACGACAUGCGGGACAAAGUCUGCGGCUCGUUGAUGCCAGGCAGACCGCAGCAGGCGGCUGCAGGCAGCGCCGUGCCGACCAGCUGUGCCAACAGUGCAUGCUCCAGCCGUACACCCGCUCCAGAGGCGCCGGCUACAGUGGCGCAGGGCGAUCUUACAGAGGCUGGCCACAUGCGUGAGCAUGCGUGCUGGCUGUGGUCGCGUCUUGGCAGUUCUCUUAUGACCCUGACUGAUCGCAAUGCGUGGCUGGAAGAUGAGAAUAAGCGCCUAAGACAGGAGUUGGAAGACCUGUCGCACAGCAUCAAGAAAGCCGAGCAGGCCUUGAACUCCUCGGGUCUCGGAGAGUCCAAGGAGCUAGCCUUCACAUCGUGA